AUGGCGUCUUUCGCCUCCACCUCAACCAGCCCGGGGAGCCUCCGCGGUACGCCCCCCAGAGUGACGCCCAGGAUGCACCACCACUCCGUCUUCCGGUAUUCACCAGGAGCAUCAAGAUCCCUGAACCAGGGAGACAAGCCUGGGAAACCUGGAAAACUCGCGCAAGGCUCGGUUGCCUCCACACCUAGCCUUGGCAAUUACGGAGGUGCGGGGAAGCAAACAGGAAACCAGCCCGGUUCCGCAAUCGUCGCGAGUCAAAUGUUCAAAACAAAGCUGUGUAUUGAUAAUCAAACAAAGGGAUGUACAAGGGGUGCAGACUGCCCAUAUGCCCAUUCCGUAGGCGAGAUGCGAAGUCUCCCCGACCUGCGAAAAACAAAAAUGUGCUCGCUUGUCCUUGCUGGUAAAGGAUGUAAGAACAAAGCAUGCAGAUUCGCACACUCGGAGGACGAGCUUCGCUACACCUGCAACUUCUCCGAAUUCAAAACGCGUAUUUGUCGCUUUGCUCAAGAGCAAGGAGGUCGCGGGUGUCUCUAUGGUGUGAGAUGCCCUUACGCGCACUCGCCUUCGGAGUUACGUCGCCUCGAAUCGCCCACAAUUCCGCCGACGGAAAUUCUGGUCCACGACCGGAAAAGUCACGUACCAUUCGUCUCCAAAGCUUCGCACAGCAAACUUGGACAGCCUACCCCACAACCUCCGUCGUCCCCACUAAUGAAACGACCUGAAACGGCUCACGAUACUAAGAAAAAGAUGUCAGAGUCUCUUGAAAAUGAGAUGCAGGGGAGACAUGGCUGCUGGCCCCUUCCGCAGAGCGGGAAUCGCAGAAAACAAGACAACUGCGGGAGGGCUGCUGGAGAAGGUGAUGAGGCCUCCACCGUCUCUCUGGCAAAGAGAAUCCAUCUUGCUAAGAAAACGGAGACAAAAGAUGGAGUCACUCAAGCAGCAGAAGGUGUGCAUCUUCUGACGACAGAAACCCAUGUGGAACCGUACAAGGCACAGGCGAGAGAACACGAAGAGCGGUUCCCAGCCUCGGAAAAUGACAAUGGAGGCCCGCUUUCCGCCUCGCGGGGAACCGAAGGAGGCAGCAGAAUCCCGCGCUCCCUGACCAGAGGACGGCGGGCCGUAGCUGCAAAGACUGAAAACGUCUCUACCGAGCUGCAAGGAAAAGGUUUCCCUUGUUUCACAGCAGAACCACGGACCGCGGGAUUCUCAGAAAACCCGUCAGCUGUACUGCGCGAUCAUUCGUCAGCCGAGGAAGCUCCGCCUUCGGUUCAAGGGGCUCCGAUGAGGAUUAUGUCGCCGAACGAAGCGCCUUUGCUCGUGCAGAGUCAGCAACAGCAGCUUUUUACUGCCCCUCCAAUAAUGGCAACUCACUCACUGGUGUCUCCUGCAGAACGCGAGACGGGUUACGAUCCGUGUACACUACUGAGAAAUAACGGCACGCUCGGGACGACUUCGCUUGGAAGUAACUUGUCUCCUAAUGCAUUCUGCAGCUCCGACAUGGACACAUCCGGACAGGCGACAAAGCAAAGUUUUUCUCUGGAAGCAAGCACCAGCAGCUUCGAACCGGUCAGCAUGGCAUCGGCUGCAUUGAUAACGCCUACACCUCCAUGCUGGGCUCAGUCCCGUGACACUCCCUCAGGAAACACUGGCUUUGUCACAGAAGAUAUGUUAUUCCGUAUGUCUCCGCAAAAGGCAAGCAUGGAUGAAGGCGCGUUCGACUCUGCGUUCAAGUCGUCUCUCCAUCUUGUUGCAUCUGCUGCCGUUGCCGACAAACGAAAGCCUCCUGUUAAGUCACAGACUCCCGCGCCCCUGCAACCUCCACCUGGGUUUGAACAUAUCCGACUGGAGAAAAAGGCUGACCCUUGUGGAAGCAAACUGCAGGACAUGAUGGCAGAGAGUAUCGCGAAAAAUGUGCUUUCGUCGUCCUUCUGCGCCAACGAAGAGGACCAGCAUGAGAACAUUCUCCUGCAGCUGCGAAGACAACUCUUACUUCAGUGCUGGGGCAAGGCGGAGGAAGACUCGCUGUUCCUCCAAAGAAACGUUCCACCCUCUCCACCUUCAGAAGUAGAACAAAAUGGAGAGGGAAAUUUCAAACGGGUCCCAGCUGCUCUUGCUCCGUCCUUGGAGAGUUUGUCGCGUCCUGCUCUCGCCACGCAGCCUCCAGCCGACUGGUCAGCCUGGGAAAGCGAGUUGCAAGCGGCACAACCCGCCAAGCAUUUCGGAGGCAUCGGCAGUCAGAGGGGGAUUCGCGUCUCGGAUUUGAUGGCUCCUGGUGGCUUUCGCCAGGUCUUUACUUCAGAGGAAGCUCCACACAAACCGUUUUUCGGCAUCCAGGGCUCUCCAGAGUCACUCCUCGCUGGGUUGGUGGCCGUGAGAGAAGUCGAUUCGAGUCUUCUUGAUGCCGACGCAGCAGCACAUCACGACAGGCAAAUAGAUACGGCCAUGCAUGAAGGAAGCUCACGAUUGGAACACCAGGGAAACCCGAUGUCUCUGAAAGCCUGGGAAUCAGAUGUAAUGCAGUGA